CAAUAUCUUUGGGCCAGGCCGCACGGCACUGGGCCAAAGUCCAAGCUCUAGUCUAGGACCUUCAGGAAUAGGGACGGUCUGCCCCGGUUUAUACGUUCGGUGAGAGACUUUUGUUCCGGUCUCACCUGUCCCGCUCAAAAACCUAAUUUCAAAUUGCGAAACCCGAGAGAUCGUUCGAGACUCUCAAGUAUGAUCGUUCUCCGAAGAUAGUAAAAAUCGAAGAGGAAACGAUGGAAGGGGGAGGGAGUUCGGAUAUGGAGUUCACUGACAUUGAGACAAACGCAGACUCUUUGAACAGCUCGGUGAUCUUCCACGUCGUUAAAGAGGUCAUAGGCUUCGUCCUCUUUAUGCACCAACAGAUCCCUUCCAUUCUGCAGGAUAUUAGUCUUGAAUUUGAUAUGCUACAUACUGAAUACAAGGAGCUGGUAUGUUAUAGCUGGACAGAGGAGAUGGUUCUUCAGCAAAAUGAAGUGAAGGCAUCUUUUCGAAGAAAGCACAAUGGUAGAAUGAGAGAGGUCAAACAUGGAAUUAGACGGCUGGAGAAGUUGAUGAAUACUAUUUCUGGUCUCCAAACUGCAAUGCAACUGAUGAUUAGUGAGAUUCCCAAUAUUCAGGGGGUUAUGCUGAUUCUUGGAGCAAGUCCAGUGCGACCUCUGCAUGUGUAUGAGUUGUCCUUCUUGCAUGGAAAUGUCAUUGCCGUCAGUGCUGGUGAAUUCAGUAAAACCAGAGCAGCAGAAGGGCUUUCGAGAAAGGCUAUUCGCAUGCUGAUCUCCAAGGGUGCCGGGUCUGGUUCCUAUGCAGGCCCUACUAAGUUGUUUCUGUUGGUUAAAGCUCCCUCUUCUUUUAAUCUGCCCUUGCAUUUUCUUCCGAAGCGUGACUUCAAAUACAGCAAAAAGAUUGUUCCUUUAAGACUACGGUUCAAGUGCAAAACACAAGAUAUGGAAUUGGAUGCUCCUGAUCAGCCUACUUCAACUGGCACUUGCAUCAGUUUGGUAGAUUGUCCUUCAAAUGACUUGAUCUGGUUCCAAUGUCGGCAUGUAAUAAAGGGCAUAGCAUUCAAGACACCAACAGAAGAAUAAGCGACUUAAUCUCUCCUUCACAAAUCAUCCCACCUUCCCCCGAUGGUAGAAAAAUGUUCCGGGAGAUUUAACUCAUGUUGGCUUGUUUGAUGCAGCCUAGUGAACAAAUUGGGUCGUGCUUGGCCUGUCUGUGCCGUUAUCAUGUGUAAAAGCAAAGUGCAGGAUUCAGUGUUUAUAUGACUGCUCAGGUUGCAAGAAUUCCCGAACUUGCAUCAUUCCUGAGUUGCUGAGAAUUCUGCUGAACGCCAUUGCUGAAUAAUUUCCUUCCUUUCCCUUCAUUUUGAGCAACAUGUCUCUGCAUUUCCAAUUUUCGGAUCUUGUGUCACGAACUAGAAACCAAUUUGUAAAUAUAGCUAUUUCGCUUACUUCUGUAGAACACUUUUGUCUUAGUUGGAAGCCUUGUUUGUACUUUGUACUGAUAUGCAAGUAUGAGUCUCCAUUGAAACAUUCAGUAACCAAUGAACGGAUCCUAUUUUUACCUUUUUUUUAUCAAGCAGAGGCAAGUUGCUCAA